AUGAGUUCAGACUUAUUCUUCGACGAGACUGGGAGUCCCCCCACCAGCCAGUACCAGAACUACCUGUUCUGUGCCCAGGACGUAGCCUGCUCCUGUGACCUCCUGCAGGACGGGACGUCCAAGACCUCAGAACUGACCCACCGGAGGGUCGCCCGCAUCAUGUACCAGCUAUUCUCCGGCCAGUGCACGGAGGUCAACGUGCCGGACAUCCUUCUGCGGCCAGGCUUUGAGUGUUUCGACCCCGUCACCGCUUUACCUUUUCCAACCACUGAAGUCAAGCUGUCCUACGCUCAAGCCAUCAUCUUUGGGAACCACUAUUUCAGGCAAAAUAUGAGCGAAGGCCUAUACCAGUGUUCCCUGAAGUCCCUGUGUGACUGUGGUCUGGCCACUUCCGCUUCCGCCACCUCAUUCCUGACGUCACUUGUGGACAUGCACGGGCAGUGUGAAAUGGUGUCGGCCCUGGGUCCCAGCGAUUGUAGCCAAGCAGGUGGAGGGGGCGGGGCAGGAAGCCCAUCUGACUGUCUUCUUCCGCCGUGCGAUGACGUCAUGUCUGACGUCACUGGAGCCACGAGGCCUGACGGAACCACCAAGCGCAUGCUUUCUCCCGGAAGCGGAAGUGGAGUAGGAGGCGGAAGUGCGGCUGGACAGGAAGGAAAGGCGGGGGAAAAUGGCGGGCAGAGCCCAACGAGAGCAGCGGUUCAGCUGUCAGUCACUGCAGGGAUGCUAGUGUCUCUCAUGACGUGUAACUGGAUCUUGUAGUCCCAGAGUGAUUGUUCUAUCUGAACGUUUGAAAUAAUAUAUCCCAAUGCUCCUUACGCGCCAAUCGUGUAUGCUGUCGAAAGCUGACAAAAUGCCUUUUUCUAAAUUUUUGGCCCCAAUUUUUUUCAUUUGCUAAAUU